GUUGGCAGCACUUGAUAAUUUACAGUUAAAAUCCAUUUCAAAGCAUGCCGCCGUCUGCAAAACGUUGAUAUUUCUGAAAAUUUCGAACAAACCAAGCGAAAUGGAGACUGGUGGGAAAUUGAGCUAUGUGAAGAAAGUGAUCCACUCGCUGGUGGUGUCCUGUCCAGCACGGAUGACCAUCGAGCAGCUGAGCCGCGACUAUCGCAGCGAGGAGGGCUGCUAUGUGCCUUAUAGCGCGCUGGGAUUCCGCGACAUCGAAAGCUUCCUUCGGUCCAUAUCGGACACCGUUGUGGUACAUGGUUACGGACCCACGGCCAAUGUGGUGGCGGUGACCACCGCGAAAUCGGCGCACAUACAAAACUUGGUCCAGUGCCAGAAGAAGCCCAGCAGGCGUUAUCGGGACAAGUUAAAGCCAAGGUUUUUCUACCAAUCGGAGCAAUCGGAUCUGCGCUUUAUAAACGAAAGCAUCCGGAACAUGAAGCAACUGCAGCAACGGCAACAGCAGCAAAGACAACAACAGCAGCCGCAGCCGCAAAGGCGAUACCAGCGGCCUGUCCACCAAAUACCAGUCUCCUAUCCCAACUACAGUCUUUUGAACAGACCCCCGCCAGUGCUCUAUCCCAAUAUAAACGCCCUUAUCUGCGCCGGACAGCAGCAGCAGCAGGUGCCCUAUACUAUCCCACCGAUGUGGUAUAACCAAAUGCUUGCGAUGCUGACACCGUUUCCCUAUCCCUAUCCGCAGAACGUUCCGAUGUUCCCAAAUAUUGCACCGCUCCUCCAGAGUCAAAAUCUUCCAAGAUCCGAGGUACGGAACUUUCAAAAUCCUCAACCACAGGCAAAUCCUCUGCCGGAAAAACCAGAAAUCAAGAUCAAUGAAGUAGUGGAAUCCUUCAAGAAACUGUCGACUACGGAGGAUACGGCUCCCACUGGAUUUAUAGAUCCGCUGGAUAAUGAACCAUACAUAUCUGAAGGCGAUGACUGGGUUAAGGAUGACUCCAGUUCAGAGGAUGGAGAGUGGUCACCGCCGCCGCCAAAUGAUGAGAGGUCCGAACUGGCCAGCCCCAUUGAUGAAGCAGUGGAGCUCGAACUGGAGGAAGUUUCCCAAAGCGAAACCAAGCGGCGGGAACCCUUGCCUACAAUUCCGGAAAAUAUAGAUGAAGCUCAGCAGCAGAAUAAUCCCUUCUAUGAGUCCUCGAAUGAGGAAAACCCCGAUCUUCAGCCUGUGCCCAGCCAGCCUCAACGUUUUAUGAAUCCUUUUAUAGACUACGAAUCCUCUGAUGACGGGAGCGAUGAAAAUGCCAUUCCAGCCGAUGCAAUUGACGAUCGAGUUCUAGGUGUUGACUACCCCAAGGAGUGCGUACGUUCCGAUUUCAAGCUGCCAGUUCUCGAGGCCUCAGCCAUGUUUGAGAUAGGCCAGCGCAUCGAGGUUCAGUUGGUGCGGGUAGAGCACCCGCACAGCUUCAAAUUUUGGAUAUACAACGAAAAGUACGAGGACUACAAUGCCAUGUACCAAAAUAUGCAAUUCUGUUACGAGAAUCAGUUUCCGGACAAGUACAAAAUGCCAUUGUCCCUGAUCACCACAGAUCAUAUCUGCGCAGUGCGCUCCAGCAAAAGUGGGGCUUGGGAACGAGCCCAAGUGAUAAGACAUCAGCCCGGUAACUCCAGCAAGAUUGUCGAGGUGCAGCUGGUCGAUACCGGGGACGUGAUGUGUGUGAGCCACAUGUAUGUUAGGCAUUUGCUUAAGGAGUUUGCCACUCUGCCGGCGCAAUGCUUAAAUGGCCGCCUGGCUUAUAUUACGCCCUGGAAGGGUCCCGGCUGGUCAGCCGACGCGGUUAAGUACUUCUUUAGGUUGGUUUCCUUUCGCCGUCUCUACGCUAAGAUCGAGGACAUUAAGGAUAACUUUGCCUGUAUGGUGCUGGUAGAUCCGAAUACCACGCCGAAUCUGAACAAGGCCCUCGUUGACUCUGGUUGGGUGCGUCGCUGUUACACAACCUAGACCUAAACUUAUAGAAAAUUCGUUAAAAUGGACAUGGAAUGUCACAGUUUGUUAUUAAGUUCUUCAACUACAAAUUACGUUAUUAUCGCCCAGAUAUCUUUGAUUUACGGACCUCAACAAAUUAAAACUCAUUUUUGUAUUAUUUUUAAGGCAAA